AUGAAGCUGUUGAGGUCAGAGCUGAGAUAUUCAAAAUCUGAGUUCCAGCAACAGAUUCUGGAGAUGGAUGACGGCAUUUAUCAGAGAAAUUUGGCCAUCGGCAUUGGAAUCCAGAACUUCCCAGAAGGCUUGGCGGUUAGCCUGCCGCUCCGGGGUUCGGGAGUAUCGACAUGGACAGCUUUCUGGUACGGGCAGCUGAGCGGCAUGGUUGAACCUGCUGCCGGGCUGCUGGGCGCCCUCGCUGUCGUGUUGACAGAACCUCUGCUGCCCUACGCUUUGGCGUUCGCUGCCGGGGCGAUGGUCUACGUGGUGGUGGACGACAUUAUUCCAGAAGCUCAAGUCAGUGGAAACGGGAAGCUGGCCUCCUGGACCUCCAUCCUGGGCUUCGUGGUGAUGAUGUCUCUGGACGUAGGGCUCGGCUGACUCCACCGUGACAUUCGUCCAACCCUCGGUGGCCGUGAUCACAUCACAAUGAUGCUGACCUCCGUUUUUUAUAAAAGGACCAAAUGAAGUUUUUCACUUCAGUCAGAAUCGUUGCCACUUGAAGCUGACGGCCGGAAAUGUAGAAGUGUUUUUUAAAACAAGUUGAAAAUGCAGUCGUCCUUGAACAUCUCUCUUUAUUACAAUUAAUAUGUGCAGUGGAAGAGCAGUGGAC